GGCGUUCGGAUCCUGCAAUGCUAAAUCGGACCACGGCAUCAUCAAAUGUCAGCCUGGUUUCUUCCCAUGUGGAAACCUUACUCAUUGCGUGGCCCAGCAGUUUCAGUGUGAUGGCAUUGAGCACUGUCCGAAUGCUGCAGACGAAACGGGUUGUGCCAUUGAUGAUGGGUGGGUUGCGCAGUUCGACUAUCGACAUCCGGUUCCUGUCGGGGAAUUCGAACCGGUCAACAUGGUAAACGCUUGUGCACUGCCGUAUUAUCCAGAGCUAUGCAGAUGCAACAAGCUCACACAACUUGAUUGCUCAAACCUGAGCUACACGUUGAUUCCGAGUGAUAUUCCUUCAAAUGUCACUAGAUUAUUUCUGACGUCCAACAACAUUGAACGCAUUGACAGUACGUCUUUUUCCCGUUUCCCUUCCUUGGUGUAUCUGAAUUUAAUGGGGAAUCAACUGCGUAAAAUUCCGGCCAAAUCAUUCCAACAUCUUCAUCAUCUUAGCACGCUUUACCUUUCUGAAAACAAGAUAUCUGUCAUCGAGAGAGAGGCAUUUCUAGGUCUUCAUGGACUCCAUUGGCUAUUUCUAAAUGGAAAUAAAUUAACGAGUCUCCUACCGGGAAUUUUCACUGGAUUAGAGCGACUAUACUGGCUGGACCUUCGGCAUAAUAAUAUUAAAGAUCUUAACCACGGUACUGCACUCAGGGAUUUACUCUCCGUUGCAUGGAUCGACUUUGAAGGAAAUGGCAUCCAAUCAAUUAAAGUGGACUCAUUUCCGGGAAACACAUCUUUAACAGUUCUAGUGCUGAAAAAUAACAGCAUAAGUUCAAUAGAGGAGAACGCAUUCAAGUACCAGGAAACACUAAUGGAACUUGAUUUGUCUAACAAUGAGAUAUCGCAUCUGCCUUUGGGAGUAUUUAAUCACCUUCAUCAACUUCAAGUUCUGAGGCUUCAAAACAACUCGAUGAUGUCAUUGCCAACAGGCGUUUUUGAUGAGCUACAGAAUCUGAUCGAUUUGGAUCUCGGCGGAAUCACGAUCACUGACAUCAAUGUGGAAAUGUUUGAAGAUCUGACGAAAUUAGAAAAACUGGCUUUCGCAAAGUUCGAGUAUUGUCGAUACGCCCCUCACGUUCGAACCUGUACCCCACGAUCCGAUGGAAUCUCGUCGUUUGAAAAUCUCCUGAAGAACGUGAUUCUACGAGUUUUUGUGUGGACGAUAGGUAUCAUCACAAGCGUGGGUAAUCUAGGCGUCUUGGUCAGCCGUGCUUUCAUGAAGGCUGAAAGUAAAGUACAUACGGUGGUCGUCAUUAAUCUGUGCACUGCUGACUUCCUUAUGGGUCUGUAUCUGCUUAUCAUUGGCACCCAAGAUGUAAAAUACCGAAAUAAAUACAACCAGUAUGCGUUGGAGUGGACCAACGGUGUGACGUGCAAGGUUUCCGGUCUCCUCGCCAUGAUCUCCAGUGAGGUCUCGGUCCUGACACUAAUGUUCAUAUCUCUAGAGCGCUACUUCAUUAUAGUCUACCCAUACAGCUUUCAGAGGAUCAAGACAAGAAGGGCGAUCAUGGUGUUGGCCUGUAUAUGGUGCUUCGGAACUUUGCUUGCCGUGUUCCCGAUGAUUCCCGUAGAAUACUUUGGGAAUUUCUAUGGGAGCAAUGGUGUGUGUUUCCCGCUGCACCUCCAUGAUCCCAGAAUGCAGGGUUGGGAAUACUCAGCUUUCCUCUUUCUGGGAAUCAACACAACUACAUUUUUCGUCAUAGUAGUGUCGUACACAGCGAUGUUUCUUAGCAUACGUAGGACAAGAAGGGCAGCAGCGCAGUGUGGCGUGAAGGAUGACAUGGCUUACGCCAAGCGUUUCUUCUUCAUCAUUCUCACCGAUUCAUUAUGCUGGCUUCCCAUCGCGAUACUCAAGAUUAUGUCUCUCUACAACUACAUUAUUUCAGAAACCCUCUAUGGGUGGAUCGUGGUGUUCGUCUUGCCAAUAAAUAGCGCUCUUAAUCCGAUCCUCUACACAGUCAGUACCACCACCUUCUCAACAUGGUUCAUGCGCCAUAUGAAAAAAUGCACAGCCAAAAGAUCGGAGGGAUAUAUUGAUAUAUCACUAGGGCAGUCCAAUGGAAGAGAACCAUCCAGAGACAUAACGACCUACACUGACAUCCGGGGAAGCUUGUCACUGGCGUGUCCGAAGACGACCACCGUUCGAUUCUCUGAUUCUUCAUGCAGCGAAAUCUCACCAGCUCUUGUCACCAGUAUCUGACCAUUGCGAGGGCUCAGGGGGUUCUUUCUCUCUUGAAGAAUCAUCCGCCAGUUAUUGCCAGUUACUGCCAGUCUGUAAAGCAUGGAAGGUGUCUACAGAAGCCUUAGCGUCAUACUCGCAACGUAGCAGUCACGACAUCGUCAUCGGGUGCCAACAUAUUGGAGGUGUGUUGCUUGACUCGUGACGAAUCAUUUGCCAAUUACUAUUUUUCUGGAGUACAUCGUAAAAUGGUAUCCGCAGAAGCCUUAAGCGGUGAUGAUUCACCAUUCACCUUUUGAAGAAUCAAUUGCCAAUCACUGUCAAUCUGGGGUCCUACGUACCGUCUUGUGGUGUCCGCAUCCCGCCCGCAUGAGCCCUAGAUAUUGCAUGGCAGAUAUUUAAGAAUCAUUUGCAAUUAAGCUACCCUCUGUAAACAUGGAAGACACUGAUAUCCGCAUAUGCUUCACGCAGUGAUAGAUCGAUCACUAAUAUCUCAACAUUAAAUAUCUAGUUUUCCUUCGCUCUUGCAGAAUCAUUUGCCAGUUGUUGAACUUGAGUACAACAUACGUUGACAUUGGCAGAUGCCCCCACGGGGUGUUAAAUUUUCAGUUCUUGAAGUACCAGAAUAUUGCAGAAUGGGUUCCGCUCUGUUUCGAUCAACACAUCAGGGCAUGUUGCAAGGGGGGUUAACUGCAAUAAAGAAGUGCCUGAUAUGAUCCCAUAUAAAUACUGGAUAUUUUAGGCCUUUCCUAUAUGAUAGGAUAUUUCAAAGUACAUUAUACGACAUUAAUCUCCCUAACAGUUUUUAAAAGAAAAGGCACAAGAAAUAUAAUCAUCUGAAUCUAUUUCCAUAAUUCUAAGACAUAUAGUUUUUAUUCAGAGAAAACUAAAUGCACAUUGCUGCACAACUCAUUUUGAGAAUAUCACAACAAUAUCAAAAACCCAAUGAAAUUAAACACAAAUUUGUCGGACGGAUUUUAACCCACCGUCACUAGGGCAACACUAGGGAGUUUUUGGCUCUGCGAUGAACGGAGGAUUCGAGAAUAGUGUGAAUGUAUUUUCAAUUUCAAUUUAAACUUUUUAUCUCAAGACAAGAAUAUAAUCUCGGAGAUCGAAUUAUCUCGACAUUUUCAGCUACUGAUUGCAGCCUUCAUCAGCGAUGUGACCCGAUAGUACCGAAAGCAGCGCUUCUGAAUUGAGAUGAAAAGUCGUUGGUUUACUGACCAGGCCGAGGAAACUCAAGCAUUACCUCAACAUUUAUAGGAAAUUGAGUCUUCGAACGAUUUGGAGAAAGACUAAAAGAUAAGACAUCUACAAGCUUGAAGCUUACAAAACAAAUGUGAGUCUCUUUUGAAUUAUUCCAACAACUAUAAGACACUUGGUUCUA